CACAAAACGACACAGACAGACGGACCGCACUCCUCAAGUGCACACGGACAGUGCCGUCUCUCUGCGACUGUGAUCUCCAGAAUCGCACCAAACCAGCGAGAACCACGAGACAAGAGAGAGAGCGCGAGAGAGAGAGCGGUGGCGUUGGGUCGAAUCCAUCCUCCUGUCAGCGCGCGGAGCGACGUGGCUGCGGUUGAGUUUCACCUCUGAAAUAUCACAAGACGAGCGAAAAAACACAACACCUCUGCGGCUCGUGGGAUAGAACUUGCGAGAGCGAGCGAGCCAGCGGGGCAGGGGGGAGUGAAGGUCUUUGGUGAAUUCCUCCCUAUCCUGCCCUUCAAGCGACGCAACCGCUGGGGUGGCCGCAGUCGAGCAAGCGGGCGACGCAUCGGUUGGCGUUGACGCAGCCGGCCGCAACGCGGUGGCGAUGGAGCCGUGCGGCGUGCGCUACCAGUACAGCGUGAUCGUGCUGGGCGACGCCACGGUGGGCAAGACCGCGCUGUUGCGCCGCUUCGUGGAAGGCACGUACGGCGAGGAGAGCGAUCCCACGGUCGGCGUCGACUUCUUCAUCCGCACGCUGGCGCUGGGGCCGGACGCGGGGCGCAGGGUCAAGGUGCAGCUGUGGGACACGGCCGGCCAGGAGCGGUUCAGGUCGAUCACCCGCUCCUACUACCAGGGAGCGGCCGGCGCCCUCCUCGUCUACGACGUCAGCCGGCGCCCGUCCUACUUGCACAUCGCCGACUGGCUGGCCGAGGCUCGCAUCCACGGGCCCCCGAGCGGCAUGGCCUUCGUGCUGGUGGCCCACAAGUGUGACCUGCAGGGCCAGCGCGCCGUGACCCGCGAGGAGGGCGAGCGCUUUGCGAGCGCCCACGGCAUGGCCUACGUGGAGGCGACGGCCCGGCGGGGUGUGGGCGUGGAGGAGGCCUUCGUGGAGCUCGUGACGGCGAUUCACGCCCGCACCGUCGCCCUCGAGGCCUCCUCCUCUCCGUCGUCCCUCCCGGCCAAGCUGCCGCCCGGCGUCAGGAUCACCGAGCGGCCCGAUUGCGCCUGGUCAACCUCCGGGCGUUCGUCCCGCAAGGCGGGACUCGGCUGCAGCUGCUGA